AUGGAAGAAGCCUCCUCUACAGAAAAUGGCGAGAACAAACGCCAAAAAGGUAGCGAUAUUCCACUGCUCUACUUUGCUCGGUCGAAUAAUGAGCUGACUCCUGCUGAGAAGUUGGCGAAACGAAACUUGAAGAAAAUACUGAAGCAAAAACAACGAAUAAGGAAGUACGAAAUUCGGUAUCAACAGGCCGCUGGUCGUGGGGAUAUGGACGUUGCUGAGAGGGCGGAAAAGGAACUAGAAGAUUACUACAAUCGUUUGUCAAAAGAUCCUGAAUCCAUUAUGCAUCAAUCGGGUUUUCAGAGAAUCAAUCUACAGCAAUCUGAAUACGCCCAGCCGGAACAGGAGCCUCUUCACAUUCAAGAGGGGCGACGUUGGAUGUGGAGAAUAUGGAACCAGCUUAUUUUACAAAUCAAAGAUCCGGCUAGCACCAAGCGAGAUCAAACAGUAAUUGCUCAAGAAUUACUUAUGAAUAUGACCAAGGGCACCCAAACAGAAUCUAUGUUUGACAAUGAUCAAGCUCUUUUGGGAUAUACUCGACAAAAGUUCAACGAACGAGCCAUGCUUGCAUAUACAUCUCUGGAUCGAGCCCGAAAGUAUUCUGCCUUACUCGAUCGCUUGAUGAAGACACGUCAAAUUAGCUCCAUUGGAUGUGGCCCUGGCUGUGAAGUUAUCGGAGCCCUUUGCUUUCUCAUACUGGGUGAAAAUCCACAAGACGUGCAACUGCUAGAGAAGGCCAACUCUGGUCCUUCCAGUACAGCGGUACUAGACCGAAUAGUGCUCAUGGAUUAUGUGAUGCCACAAUGGAAGCGCCUUGUUGUCGAUUCUUUGGUACCACUGAUAUCACCACACUUUGUCAGUCAAGUAUCCUCGCAUAGUGCGGAUGUUCGACUACCACUGGGUCAAGGGAUGAACAAAAGUUUAGGGGAAAAUGAUGUGGACUUUGCUGGAUUGGACUUGGUGAUGGUAUCCUACUUGCUGACUGAGACCCGAGGCAAGUGGAAGGAGUUUUUUGGUGAUAUUCUCAAGAAACUGAAGAGUGGGACCCUAAUAUUGUUGAGCGAACCAACCGCAUGGCAGCUCCAUUCCUUCCUUGAGCACUAUGCCAAGUACAUCGCCUCGCACCAGUGGCUCGACUCGUCACAGGACGAACCAGAACUCCAACCUUUAGAGGCAAGAAUGGGUCCAGCAGUGGUCCUCAUUACUGUCAAGUAG